AAUUCAUUGCUAUCUUUUAUCAAAUCUUUGCCAUGGAAUUUUUUAUCGCAAUGGUUUCGCAAAUAAAUCAAAAAAAAACCUCUUCGAACCACUUAAAACGAUUGAGACUUACCCGUGGUUGAUACAAUUGUAACAAGCUAUUCUAGACAUGCAGUUCCUUCGCAAGGGUGUACUUCCCUUGUUGCUGUUGGCGUUGGUGGCCAUCUCAACGACCAAGGCAAAGCGCAUUCGGCCUUUUAGCGGCAAAGUAAAGCAGGAUGUUCGUGUAGUUGGUGGUUCCACAGCCGAAGAGGGCUUGGCUCCCUAUCAAGUGUCUUUGCAAGGCUUUUGGGGCCAUUUCUGUGGCGGUGCUAUUAUUGACAAAGACUGGGUGCUGACGGCAGCCCAUUGUGUGGCCUACAAGGAUGCCGAUGAUAUUCUGGUCAUGACAGGCAGUCAGAAUCUUGAAGUGCCUGGUGUUUUCUAUUAUGUGGAUAGAGUUUAUGCCCACUGCAAUUACGAUAAUCCGGGCAUGCACAAUGACAUAGCCCUUCUGCAUCUGAACUCUAGCAUUAUCAUGAAUGAGAAGACCCAAAGUGUAGCCUUACCCACAAAGCCUAUGACUGAGGGUGAUGAUGUAUUGUUGACCGGAUGGGGCUCGGAGGAGGCCUGGGGCGAUUCACCAGAUCGUUUGAAAAAGGUGCUCUUAAAAUAUGUGCCACAUGAAAAAUGCAAGCAGGAUAUGGACUACGAUCCCAGUUUGGAUGUGGGCCAUAUGUGUACUUUCACCAAGACGGGAGAGGGCGCUUGUCAUGGUGAUUCCGGUGGUCCGCUGGUAAGCAAUGGGUUUUUGGUGGGUUUGGUCAAUUGGGGUUACCCAUGUGCUAUUGGAUACCCAGAUGUGCAUGCUAGUCCCCUCUACUAUUUGGAUUGGAUUCGCAAGAGAAUGAGUGGCACCAGUAAAUGUUGAAAUUAAUCAAGGAAAUUGAAAGAUAUGAAUGAAAAACGCAAUGUCUCUUGAAGUAAUAAAAAAAAGAAUUGGUUUUUGUGAAGCAAUGAAUUAUCGCUGUUUUGCCUAAUUAAAAUUUCCUGGUGAGGUAAA